CCCUACAGCUUAGAGACUUAUAGAAAGAAGUAGGUCCAAGAUGUCUAGCAGCUGCUGUUCUGGGACUUGCACCAUGGUGCCAGCAAUUUCUAUCUGCUCCACAGACGUGAGCUGUGAAAGUCCCACCAUCUGCCUGGCCGCUUCCUGCCCAAGUCCAACAUGGCAGCUGGUUAGUUGUGAAGAACCAUGCAACACAUCCUCAAGCUGUGCCCCAAGCUGCUGUGAAUCCUCUUGUUGUGAGCCCAGCUGCUGCCAGCCAGUCUGCUGUGAGCCCACUCCAUGUGAACCAUCCUGCUGUGAGCCCAGCUGCUGCCAGCCCAUCUGCUCUGUGCCCACUUGCUGCCAACCAGUUUGCUCUGUACAAGCUUGCUGCCAGCCCAUUUGCUGUGAGACCAGUUCUUGUGAGCCAUCUUGCUCUGUGCCCACUUGCUGCCAACCAGUCUGCUCUGUGCCUGCUUGCUGCCCAUCCAUAUGCUCUGAGUCCAGUUGCUGCCAGCCAGCUUCCUGUGUGACAUUGGUCUGUGAACCUGUCUGCCAUCGUACCAUCUGCUGCCUACCCACUCCUUGUGAGUCAACUUGUGUAGCCCAAGAGCCUUCCUGUUGUAUCCCCAGCAUCUGCACACCAGCCUGCUGUCAACCCACCCCUUGCCAACAAAAUGUCUGCCUGCCCAGUCCAUGUCAACCAUCUUGCUAUGUAGUAAGACGCUGCCAGUCAAUUUGCUGUGAACCCAUUUCCUGCAGACCAACUUGUGUGCCAACUUCCUGCAGACCAACCUCCUGCCAACCACUCUGCUGCCAACCAGGGUCUUCUGCCUCUGCUGUCUGCCGGCCAGCUUGCUCCCGACCCACUUUCUACGUGCCGGGUUCCUGCAGGCCACCUUGCCUUGCCUCUAUUUCCUACCGCCCUUCUUGUUACCGCCCCAUCUAUUCCUCUCCUCUAAGCUGUAGACAGCCUUACCUGACUUCUCUUUAUCGCCCAAGUUGUUACCGCCCAAGUUGCUACCGCCCAGGCUACUCCCUACCCUUUCUGCGCAGACCAGCCUGUGUCACCUCCGUUGCUUCUCGACCGGCAUGCUGUCAGCCGGUUUGCUCUGAGCCAAGUUCCCCUUGUAAGCCGACUUGUGAAAAGUCCACUUCCAGUGAAGCAGAUGGUUCUGAGUCCACUCCCUGCAAAACAGCCGUCUCAGAGACUAGUCCUAGUGAGCCGACAUGCUCAGUGACCACUUCCUGCACUCCCACCAGUCCAACCACCUGCGAGUCAGCUGCUGGCAAAGCAGAGGAUAGCAAAUCAUCUGGCUGCUGCUCUAAAUCCUGCAGAUCCAGGCAUUAGGAAACAAGGUUCAUCUAUGAAGACAAAAGCUUCUGGCCCCACAAGGGUUGGAUGAAUAGUUAGGACAUGUCUGAACCCCACCUCCAUCCCUUACCCUAUUCUGCUUAUGCCAUUACAGCUCUGUAUGUGAUUUAGCACUCAAGAUGAAGACCCAGUUAGGAAUGGAAAAAAGUGCAUCUGGUAUCCUUGUCAGAGGCUGCUGUCAAACUAUGGAGAGGUGAAUGGUGUCUCUUGUCUCUUGGCCCAUCAUUUUCAUUUCAGAAGCUUCUUCUGGUCUGCGUGGGUCCCUUGAAGCCUGUUUCCUGUAUUUCUGGUCCAUCAUGUUCUUUUAGAUGUGAGAAAUUUCUCUUGUCUUCAAAUAAAAUU